AUUUUUCUUUCGUCGCGCUUGUUGAAUCUCCUGAGUCUGCUGCUUACGUUCAUAAACUACGCGCUCAUUCCCUCAAGGCUUGGUCAUAUGGACGAUGCUUGUAUUCAUAAGCCACUUGCGUCCGAUUUCUUGGCCUUCGAAUUCAACCCAUUUGAUCGCCUCCCAGAAGAGAUUCUCGCCGUCAUCUUCCGCCACGUAGCACCAUCCGGCACGUCCUUUCAGCACGCCUUGGUGUGCUGGCGAUGGCAUCGCGCAGCGUGCCUGGCACAGUCGUCAGUCCACGUGGCGCAAUCUCGGAGCAUCUCAUCCCCGCGUCUCCUCCUCGCGCUCUCCCGCUUUCCGAGUCUCACGCACCUGCAUAUCGAUCGAGGCGGGGUCGAUUUUCUAGACGACGGAUUCCUGAACAUCCUCGCUAGUGGUGCUUGUAACAGUUGUGACAAUAGCGAAGACCGUUGCGAACGACCACCUAAUGAGGACGAGGCGAAGGAAAAAGCCGAGGAGGAAGAGGAAGUGGAGGAGGAGGGGAGUCUUGAGGAGAAUCUUCGUUUUAUUGGCGCUGGGCAGAGUGACGAGGUGGGCGGCACAGGUGUUGGAGUGGGCGGCACAGGUGGUGGAGUGGGCGGCACAGGUGGUGGAGUGGGCGGCACAGGUGGUGGAGUGGGCGGCUAUAAUAAUGUGCUCCGUGGCCUACAUUCCUCCCUUGAGAAUACGAGCAUCGCUGCCAAUGUUAUCCGCGCAGCAGCACGCCCUGGUGGCGCAUCCCCGCUCCCAGCCACCAUAGCGCCCUCCUCAGCCCCCUCUGAAGCGCCGUCGCUGCUCCCAACCCGCCAUACUCCCCCGUCCCUCCGCUCUCCCCACUAUUCCCACCCUCACGUCGCUCCUCUCCGCUCGCUCUUCCUAGCCGAGGACCCUCGCUCGCCGCGCAUCACAUCAUCCGGCCUGGACGCCGUCCUCCUCCGCUGCCGCCUGCUGCACUCCCUCGCCCUGCACUGCGCCCGUACAGUCACCGCCCUCCCCGCCUCUAUAGUCACACUGCCUGCACUCACAUCCCUGGAGAUUCACAUGCCCUGCCUUGGCAUUCUUCCUGAUAAUUUAGGCGCCCUUUCCGCCUUGACUGUGCUCCGGCUACAAAGCCCCAGUCUUAGUUCUCUGCCCGAAAGUCUCGGGCAGCUGAAACUAUUGCAAGAGCUCGCUCUCCGGUGUUUGUCAGCCCGGAAUCUGCCUGACUGUGUCGGGCAGCUUACCAGCCUGACCUGCCUCACCAUCGAAAGCUGUUCUUUUCAGCACCUGCCCGAGUCUCUGGGCAGUCUUCAUUCCCUGACCUCCCUUCGCCUCUCCUCUCUUGAAUUAGUUUCCUUGCCCGAAUCAAUCGGCCAGCUUUCCUCCUUGAAACAUUUUAUCCUGGACAAAAUGGCCGUCACAAGCCUGCCCGAAUCCCUCGGGCACCUGCAAAAUCUUUCCGUGCUCCAGUUAAACGACUGUGAUUCCCUCCUCGCCCUGCCGAACUCCCUCUUCACCCUGCCGUCUCUAUCCACCCUCCUCAUUGGCUGCUGGUCCCUCACCGCACUAUCAGACAAAAUCGCCCACUUGUCAGCAUUGGAACAUCUCGAGCUGAACUCCUGCGAGGGGCUCAUCGCCCUUCCAGAAUCCCUUUCCCAGCUGCCCGUCCUAAAACACCUCGAAAUUUCCGGCUGCCCGUGCCUGAAAUCCCUUCCGGCAUCUCUAGGUCAGCUGGAGCAGCUAUCCUCUCUGGAAAUUCACAACUGCGACUCGCUCACUCUGCUUCCAGACUCGCUCCCUCUCCUCUCGGCCCUCUCGCGCCUCGUGAUCGUCGGGUGCACGCACUUGAAGGAGCUACCUGAAAACAUCGGGGGAUUGAGGAGUCUGAAGGUGGUGGAGUUGGGGCUGUGCAAGAACCUGAGGGCUCUGCCUGAGUCGAUCACGGGGAUUGUUGGGCUGGAAAGAGUGGUGGUGCUCGGGUGCAGGCGGCUGGAGAGGGUGCCUGAGGGGAUUGGGCAGAUGCCAGGUAUAAAGGAAGUGAUGUUUAAAGAGUGUGACGCUCUUGUGUGAUGGGUGGCACUGGGGGCUGCGGGGAUUGAGGGUGCUGGGGUUAGGGUUGUGCAGGAGCCUGAGGAUCCUGUGUGGGUCAAUCACAGGGAUUGUUGGGGUGGAGAGAGUGGUGGUGCUCGCGUACAGGCGGCUUGAGAGGAUGCCGGAGGGGAUUUGGGAGAUGGCGAGCAUAGGAGAGGUGGUGCUCGAUGCGUGUGACGCCCUCCUGUGAUGCUCUUGCGUGAGAGAGAUUUGCUGGGCUGGAAGGAGUGGUGGUGCUUGGGUUGGGUGCUGCUGGCUGGCUGGCCACUUAAAAAGCAUUUCGAUGAACGCGGAUGCCAGGCGUGCGAGAGGUGGUGGUGAAGAGGUGUUUUGGUAUGUGUGCGGGUAUGUAAUCACAUGGUGUGCUUCACACCCUGCCUGCCUUUUAAAUAACCAAGCAAGCCUGUCGUGACAUGGCAUUGAAUCAUGUUCAUUCCACUCAUCAAGGCUUUGUCUGUGCAGCU